UUCUCAUAUUCGCCCUUUCCCCAUUUAACUUUACCAUCCACACGGUAUACUUAUAACAGGACUGUACACGUCAAACACUGCCAAAGACACCACUUACAACCUGGCAAAAUCUCCAACAGAGAAAAAAAAGACAACAGAGAACCAUGUCUGCCAACGCACAAUCCCGCCCCGAACCAAUUCCUGUUCCGGGAGCGUCUCAUGCACCUGUCUCUCCCACUUCUUUGCCCUCUGAUGUCGCCACCUCUCCCAACGCUCGCCGAAAAAGCAACCCUUCACCACCUAUUGACCCUUCCAAACUCAACAACCACCCUGCUCCUCUCCCAGAACAACCUGAAUCACCCAAAGCUGAACCUCGCUCUCCUCCACUUCGCAGUCCUCAGAACUCUACCUCUCCCCACUCGGUGACGGCUGCUGAUUCUGCAUACCUUGACACUGGUCUUCCGGCCGAGCCCGCUUCACACCCUACGGUCGCUGAGACGGGAGCUCUUUCUAGUAGUCAUGAGACAGGACCGAGGCAGGGGCAGCUGAAGAGGGUCGAGAAGAAAGGUGAUGGUGGAAUCAUCAAACUCGGUAGUCUUGGAGGAGACGGUUUGAAGAUCAAGCCUCCAGUGGACAGGGAGGAUUAGAUGGAUAGUAAUAUGUAGAAGCCUGUGUACGAUAAGCGAGUACAUUUUUUAGAACUAAAUGAAGGAAACUAGGCGGAACACGUUGCCUAUGUACAGUUUAUGCCCAAGAUGAAAUUCAUGUAAAUU